AGCAAUGAUUUUAGGAAGUGACAUCUUGUUUACCACUGCUCAUGUGAUCACCGAUUGGCCAAUCAGUGAUCACAUGAAAAUUGUACACAAUGGAUGGUGUUCAUUCAUGCCAUCCAUUGUGUACUGUUGUGUUGAUCUCUGUGAUUGGUCACAGUGGACACAUAGUACAGACAGGGCCAAUGACAGCUCAUAUGUACCAUGUGAUUAGCUGUGGCCAAUCACAGCUAGCACCAACAGUAAAUACUGAAUGAAUUGAUUUCAUUCAGUAAAAAAGAUUGUUUAUAACAG